CAACUGACAAAAUGUCAGAGAAAGAAACUUGGAACUGAUAAAAUUGGCAGAGUAAUUCUAGAAAUGGAAAAAGACAAACCUGGGAAAGAUGACACACCAGCAGCAAAAAAUCAGAGGUCCACUGAAUCCAGUUCCCGGGCCAACAACUCAUCUCGAAAUCACGGCAAUGGCAAUAGUUCUAACACUGUGUCUGCUAUGAUUGCCAACAGUGCAUCACAAGCGAACUUAAAUGCGAGUAACAAUCUAAAUAAUGUUCCUCUGAAUCUUUCUCUUGAGCCUGACCUUGAAAGAGCGGACUCUGUAGUGUCUUUAUCGUCUAUUGCUGUCACAGAGUACCCAGCCACGGCAUCAGUGUCAACUGCUGGACCCUCAACCUUGCUCACUGCACCCAUCAUCCCAGUGUCCUGUGCCCCAAAUGCAGCUGCUACAUUAACAGGCCAGGGUAACGCACCUUACAACUGGCAGGCAUCAAAGCCUGCCAUCAAGGAAAGACUUGCAUAUUUGAUGAACACUGAGAUUAUGAGUGAUAUUCACUUUAGGGUAGGAAAGCCUCCAAACUCACAAAUUAUUCCUGCACAUAAGUUUGUAUUGUCAGUUGGUUCUGCAGUGUUUGAUGCUCAAUUUAAUGGUCAUAUGGCCACGAGCGAAAGUGUUAUUGAUAUACCAGAUGUUGAACCAGCUGCAUUUGUUGCUCUUUUAAAGUUUUUGUAUUCUGAUGAAGUUCAUAUUGGACCUGAAACAGUGAUGACUACUCUUUAUACUGCCAAGAAGUAUGCUGUACCAGCCCUAGAAAAGGCCUGUGUUGAAUUUCUGAAGAGAAACCUUAGCAGUGACAAUGCAUUUAUGCUUCUGACACAAGCUAGACUAUUUGAUGAGCCCCAGCUAGCAGCUCUUUGUCUUGAAACCAUUGACAAAAGCACAUCAGAGGCUCUAAAUGCGGAAGGUUUCACUGAUAUUGAUCAUGACACAUUGUGUGUAGUUCUGGAGCGGGACACUCUAGGUAUAAGGGAGAGCAAGCUGUGUACAGCAGUGUUUCGCUGGUCUGAGUCUGAAUGCAGGAGACGUAACCUUCAGCCAACCCCAGAACAUCAAAGACAGGUGCUAGGCAGAGCCCUGCGCCUCAUCCGGUUCCCACUAAUGAGUAUUGAAGAGUUUGCAAUGGGCCCUGCACAGAGUGGGAUCCUGGAGGACAGAGAAGUUGUGCAGUUGUUUCUGUACUUCACUGUCAAUCCUAAACCCUCCAUACACUUUCAGGAUGUUCCGCGUUGCUGCCUGACGGGGAAGGAGCAGGUUGUGUCCCGGUUUUGUCAGAUUGAGAGUCGUUGGGGAUACAGUGGGACUAGCGACAGAAUCAGGUUUAUGGUGAAUAGGCGUAUAUUUGUGGUGGGAUUCGGCCUGUAUGGUAGCAUACAUGGGCCAACCGAGUACCAGGUCAACAUACAGAUAUUGCAGUCGGACAAUGGGAAGGUGAUGGGUCUGAAUGACACCAGUUUCCAAUGUGACGGUUCCAACUCCACUUUCCGUGUCAUGUUCAAGGAGCCAGUAGAGAUUCUACCAAAUGUCAGCUACACCGCAUGUGUCACACUUAAGGGUCCAGAUUCCUACUAUGGUUCAAAGGGCCUACGUAAAGUGACUCAUGAGUCUGUGUCCGGUGGGAAAGUGACGUUUCAGUUUCACUAUGCGGCAGGCAACAACAAUGGCACAUCAGUCGAGGAUGGCCAGAUACCAGAGAUCAUCUUCUACACAUAAAACUGUCUAGUGUCCUUUUUACACACACAUUACUCAUAGGGCUAUACAUUCUUACAUUGUGAACUAGAUUUGUCUACUUAUAGGAUAUUGGAUCUAGAUUUGUCUACAAAUAUGAUAUCAUAUCUAGAUUUGUCGACAUAUAGGAUAUCUUAUCAAGAUUUGUCUACACAUAUUUUAUCAGAUCUCGAUUUGUCUUCACAUAUGAUAUAAAAUCUAGAUUUGUCUUCACAUAAGAUAUCAGAUCUAGAUUUGUCAACAUACAGGAUGUCGGAUAUAGGUUUGUCUACUUAAGGCUAUCAAAUCUAGAUUUGUCCACACACAGGUUAUCGGAUAUGCCUACACUUAUACUUCGGACACUGGAUCUAGAUUUGUCAACUCAUAGGACCCUGGAUCUAGAUUUGUCUACAGAUGGGAUAUCGGAUCUAGAUUUGUCUACAUAAUGGACAUCGGAUCAGAUUUGUCUAUAUAUCGGAUCUAGAUUUGUCUACACAUAUGAUAUCAGAUCUAGAUUUGUCUACACGUAGGAUAUUGGAUCUGGAUUUGUCCACAUACAGGAUAUCAGAUCAAGAUUUGUCUACUCAUAGGAUAUCAGAUCUAGAUUUGUCUACACAUAGAACACUAGAUCUAGAUUUGUCUACACAUAGGACACUGGAUCUAGAUUUGUCUACACAUGGGACACUGGAUCUUGAAUUGUCUACACAUGGGACACUGGAACUAGAUUUGUCUACAAAUAGGACACUGGAUCUAGAUGUUUACACAUAGAGCUGCACAUGAUAUCACCGUCAUCUAGAUUUGUUCACACAUCAGCUAACAUAUUGUAGACUUAUAUACAGUAUUGCUUCUGCAUUGGUUAUCUCAGAUCAUUUCAUAUUAACUUUCAUUUUUAUAUUCUUAUUGAUUGAUAUGCUUCAUAUAUUAGCCAAGUUCUUAGGGGUCAAUGUUAACUGCAUCAAUGUGACUGGAACCAUUGAAUUGUGUAUAUAAUUGUUUUCAUUUAAAUUAUUACAUGUGCAUAUUUUUUUUCUUGUCACAUUGACAUCACAUUUUAUAAUUCUUUGUUGGAUUUUGUUAGUGAUAUCAAUAGUGCAUGUUUGUAUUGCUUGUGAUAAAUGUUGAAGAUUAAGGAGUUGCAUCACUUGUUAUGUAGUAUUCAGCUAUACUUGUAAUUAAUUUUGUUAUAUGAAGUUAGCCAAAGUUUUGUUUGACUACAUUUUUAUAUGCCCUUUCAUAGAACUGGACAAGUUAUAGUUGGGAUGGGUGGUUGGGAGGGAAGGUGCACAGAAUCCAGUAUGUUAUCCAAUCAAUUCCUUGACAAUCCUUUGUCCAAUCAUCACCAAAUAUGGUCAGAAUGUGUAUGGGAAUAUUAUCUCAGACAAGUUCAAUAAUCAGCCAUAUUGCUUUAGUCACUUGAGAGUUACUGCCCUUUAACUUAAAUUGGUCUUGUCUGAUCAUAAACUUAAGGAGUCUUUUCAAAAUCAUCAUCAAAUUUGGUCAGAAUUUGUAUGGGCAUAAUAUCUCAAACAAGUAUGAUAACCAGCCAUAUCGCUUAAGUCACUCGAGAGCUAUCACCUUAAAAGUAAUAACCAAAAAUCAGUCUUGUCCGGUCAAUAACUUCAGAAUUCUUUGUCCAAUCACUACUAAAUUUGGUCAGAAUGUGUAUGGGCAUAAUAUCUCAGACAAGUUCCAUAACAAGCAAUAUCACUCUAGUCACUCAAUAGUAGUUGCCCAUAAAUUAUAGAAAGUACCUAAAAUUGGUAUUUUCCGAUCAAAAAUGUAGAAAGCAAUCACUUUAGAAGCCUCAGUCUCAUUAACACCAAAUUUGUUCAGAAUGUGAAUGGGCAUAAUAUCUUAGACAAAUUUAAUAAUCAGCCGAAUCGUAGAAACAAAGUUGUCAGCCUUUGUGUCAUUGUCUUCAGUGGUAGGGGAAAAACUCACCUUGGCUGUAACUCAAUAAACCAACAUGUUGGCUAAAUGAAACUUUGUACACAUAUUGCUAGAGACAAUACAAACAUGUAUAGCAAGGCUCAUUGCUAGAGACAAUACAAACAUGUAUAGCAAGGCUCAUUGCUAGAGACAAUACAAACAUGUAUAGCAAGGCCCAUAACUCUGGCUUUGAUCAUUGCUGAGUUGUUUCCCUUUUUUACCAGAAAAUAGGCAGAGGAGCGCUGGUGUUCCCUGUGGGGCACUCUUGUGAAAGCUAUUAUAACAUGACCAUCUUGUAGCGUAGAAGCCUGGAGGGAAGUUGGCAAGCCUUUUUACUGUUGUCCAAUUUACCCUUGGCUUUUGGACGGAUAUUGGGGUGUGGACCACAUACAAUAUUCUAACUUGAGAAAGUCAUGCUUAUCAUUGUGAUAAAAAACAUGGUAUCAUAUGAUUCGAACCAAUGUCGUAGAUUCGAAGGAUAUAAAAAAUUUAUAGAAAUUGUAUAGUUUAAGCUAUGUAAUGCAGUGCAUUUAAUCAAAUAUUCUAUAAUCUAUACAGUUUUACGGUGUCAGCCUUUUUCCCGGUAUCCUUCAUGGACCAGAUAUUUAUUAUUUUAUUUUUACGUUCAGUAUUUAGAAGAUUGUUGUUUUUUAAAUGAAUAAAAUAUUAUCUCGUUUUGCAUGUACAAUUUUGUCUGAUAAUUGAUUCUAGCUCUUCAAUGGUGACAAGAUUGUAUCAAUUGUAUUAAGUACAUUUUUAUGUUUGAUCUUUGUAAAAUGAUUUUUUUUUAUUGAUGGAUAUUUCAAGUAAAAAUAUUCAUGUAUUAAGGUUUUAUGUAGCAGAGAAUACCACUGGCAAACAUGAAUUGCUUACCUGAGUUUGUUUACCUUUAUAUCAGCUGUAUUUUAAUGUUCGCUAUUACUUAGCUGAUGAUAUCAAUAGAAGUAAUAAAGCCGCCUGUCUGUGUGUCUGUGCGUCCAUCUGUUCGUCUGUCUCCCCAAGUGUAUGAUUGAUAACUGAACAAUGUUUGGGCCAAUGGAUCUUUAAAAUUAAUAAGCAGGUAGAUCAUGACCUUCUGAUGACCACUCGAUUUUGAGGAAGUCAGUUGGUCAUGGUCGCAGUGAACUUGAGCUAACGCGAAGGGAUCUGAAAAAUUGGAAGGCCAGUAGGUCAUGACCUGCACAUGACACCACGAUUCCGAGGAAGUCGGUAGGCAUUUGGUCAAGUUAGCAAUGUCAAAAGAUUUCCGAGCAAUAACUGAAGAACACUCCUGUCAAUAAACGUCGAACUAGAUGACCCAUAUCGAUUUUGAGGUCAGUAGGUCAAAGGUAGUGAGGUGGUGAUGACCUUGACCUGUAAACGGUUUCUGAUUAAUAACUGAAUGCUUGGGGCAAAAAAACAUUUACUGGGUGGGCAGGUUGGUCACAACAAGUAGAGGAUCCCUAUCGAUUUUGAGUUCAAAGGUCAAGGUUGGGGUAAUUGUUAGCAAAGAUUAAUAUCUCGGCGAUAAUGUUUAAUUACCUGAUGACAGGAAUUCAAUUAUUCUUCAUAGAUUUGUUAAAUUGAAUAAAUUCCUUUUGAAGGCAUUUGUUAAAUGGGAAUAUAAUACAAACUUUAAUCAACAUACCUGUAUAUAUAAACUUUAUAUUAAUGGCUAACCAUCCGACGAGGUCAAACAGGGGGCAUUUAUCAUGUUAUGUGACAGCUCUUGUUAGUUUGUUUGACAUUAUAUUCAGUAUGCGAUGUUUUUAUCGUUUAUUUAGGAGUAAAACUCCUACUUCUUUCCAAAACCCAGUAUGUUAGCAGAAACCAUUUACACCUUAAUAUGAUAGAAGGCGCAUGUUGUUUGAUAGUUUCAUACCCUCUUGCACACACAUCUAUUGUUUUGUUAGAUACGGAAGUUGGUAUGGUAGGCUGACUCAUACACCCAUAUAGCUUUAGUUUAAGUAUAUUAUUUUCCCUAUGUUGUAUAUGGCUAACAAAACCCUAAGAUUAUACUACCAACAGAAUUGAAUUAGAAUGGUAUAAACAUUUGCCUACAUGUAUGUGAUCACAUCUUCUGUUAAGCCAUUGUUGUCGUAUACUUGCCAUUCACAAUAAACCACUGUUAUGUGUUCCAUCCAAUGACUUGUCAUUACGGAAACAGCUAACGUUAGAUAUUUA